GCUCUGCCCUGGAGCUCCGCUCCGGGUGGAGCCGCCGCGUCCCUCCAGCUUUCCCCGCCGGUCGUGACCGGAAGUGGUGGCGACCCCGAGGGGAAGUUGAGGCUCCGUGGGGGAGGGGGCCGCGCGGGUUGAAACGGCCUGACCGGAAGCGGCGGCCCUGGGGGACCAGUCCAGGCCCCAACCUGUCCCCAACUGCUUCCCAUUCCCAAAGCUGCUGGGGUCCGUUGCUGCCCUGGGCGGGCCGCGUGCGGCCUUUGAUCCUGGCGGUAAUUACGGGUAUUCCGGCUGGCGGAGGCUCAUUCAUUCUCCGGCGCGGGCGGGGGCAGGAAGCGCGUGCGCCGGGAAGGAAGCGACUGGGCCAAGGUCAGGCCCCUUGUGGCCCGGCGGUGCAGGAUGAAGAGGGUGGCUGGGCCUGUUGGCGACCCCCAAGGCCUCCUAGGCGCCGAGCCGUGCGCUCCGUGUCCCCCCACUCUUGGCCACAAAGGUGGACACACCAGUUCGUGGAGAUGAGUGCCCGUCGGACACGUGGGGUCCUGCAAGUUCAGGAUGAUGUGAUCAGACAGAAAAGUGACCCACCGGCGCAAGAGCCAGCAGCGAACGUGGACGCAGGCUCUUCAGUGCUGGGCACCAAGGACAGGGCCAGGAGCAGGCCAGCAGAGACACACACCUGGAAACAGAAUUCCCCACCUUGUGACCAGAGCCCUGAUGGAUAGGCCCAGGGCCUGUGGGAGCCUGAGGAAGGCACCCGGCCCAUCCCAGUUGAGAGGGGCUGUCAGAGCUUUAGGAAGGGAGUGACUUGGCCUGUGUGUUUUCCUGUGUUUCUUGGUGCCAGGCCCCCAGUUGGGUAGUGCCGAGGAUCCAGCUGGGAGGUAGAUCUGGCCUGGCUCCUGGAAGCACAGUUGCUGUUGAUCCUGGCUUAUCUUCUUCCUAAGACUAUAAGCCUCUUUGCUAAAUGCAGCUGGCAUUCACCUGCUGCCUCUGCUACAGUCCCUUCAGCCCUCCUUAGCCCCAGAGAACAUUCAGAUCAGGUUCCUCCUUGUGUUAUCUUAUGUCUUCGCCCUUUUCCUCCUGGAAGCCUUCCAGACCUACCCCCCACCCCCACCCUGGUGGUGCUGAAGAAUGACAAUGCCUGGCCUAUGGAUAGAUAGCACUGCAGCCUGUUAGCCAAGAGCUCUGGGAUCAGACAGAUCUGCAUUCAAACUUCAGCUAUGUUUUUCAUACCAUUGUGACCUUAGAUAGGGAGCUUCAACCUCGGCUUCCUCCUGGAUUAAACAGGGAUGAUAACAGUAUUGAUCUUGGAAGCAACUUCAUGUGGGGGUUUCAUCUCCUGCUUCAGCAAGAAAGGGGAAAUGGAACAUCCUUGUACCUGCUGCCUCCUUGAACUCAAGAUAAACGGCAGAGCAGCCUGAUUUGGGCUGGUGUCCUCUCAGGACCAGCCCUCCUGCUCCAUUCCUGCCUCACUGCCUUCCUGGCUCCUCCCACCAUGGAAACCGUGCACCUAUUCCUGGACCCACACAUGGAGCUGCGGGAAGAGGCCUGGUCUCCGGGGCCACUGGAUUCCGAGGACCAGCAGAUGGCCAGUCACGAGAACCCAGUGGACAUCCUCAUCAUGGAUGAUGACGACGUCCCCAGCUGGCCCCCGACCAAGCUGUCCCCUCCCCAGUCGGCUCCUCCGGCCGGUCCCCCGCCCCGGCCACGGCCUCCCGCCCCCUACAUCUGCAACGAGUGCGGCAAGAGCUUCAGCCAUUGGUCCAAGCUGACGCGGCACCAGCGCACGCACACGGGCGAGCGGCCCAACGCCUGCGCCGACUGCGGCAAGACCUUCUCGCAGAGCUCGCACCUGGUGCAGCACCGGCGCAUCCACACGGGCGAGAAGCCCUACGCGUGCUCCGAGUGCGGCAAGCGCUUCAGCUGGAGCUCCAACCUCAUGCAGCACCAGCGCAUCCACACGGGCGAGAAGCCCUAUGCCUGCCCCGACUGCGGUCGCAGCUUCACGCAGAGCAAGAGCCUGGCCAAGCACCGGCGCUCACACAGCGGCCUCAAGCCUUUCGUGUGCCCGCGCUGCGGCCGUGGCUUCAGCCAGCCCAAGAGCCUGGCGCGCCACCUGCGGCUGCAUCCGGAGCUGUCGGGGCCCGGCGUGGCGGCCAAGGUGCUGGCGGCCAGCGUGCGCCGGGCCAAGGCGCCCGAGGAAGCGGCCGCGGCAGACGGCGAGAUCGCCAUCCCGGUGGCUUAUCCUUAUGAAGAUAAAGAUGCUCUGCUGCCACCUAGUGAGCACCAAGGGAAGUUCAAGGGAAUUGCAGAGAGGCGGAAUCCUGACGUCCCAGGGAUGCUGAAUUAG